AUGGCUAGUCUAUUAGGCGCCUCGCCUUUAUCUUCUCCAACAGCUUCUAAGCGAUCGUCGGAAAGCAACAUGCUCUCGAUCGACACGAAAUCAACCGAGCGAGUAACCUGGACACCUCAUCUUCGCAAGUAUAUCUCAAACGGAUAUGCUGAGCAUCCAGACAUAUACACAGACGACUUUCGUGUUCUCGACGAGCUUCGUAACGAUUGUAUUUAUAUGGAAGCCAAUGAAAAAGCGUUGAAUCGUUUGAUAAAAUAUUAUGCACAGCUGGUCUUUAUUGGCUCUAAAUUCCCAAUUGAUGUGGGUAUCGAGUUUCCUUGGCAUCCGGCAUUUUCAACUAGCAACACAGAUAUCACAUCUCAUCGCAACAUGCACUAUGAAAAGGCGUGUGUUCUUUACUGCAUCGGUGCCAUGUACAGCCAACUCGGCAAUGCGGAGAAUCGAUUGACAACUGAAGGGGUUAAGAGAGCAUGUAACUUUUUUCAGUGCGCAGCUGGCUGUUUCAAGCACUUGCAAGAUGUAGUCAUACCCGAGAUGCGUAUUCCACCCACAGCAGACAUGUCCAGUGGUGCAUUACAAACGCUUAUCAACCUGAUGCUGGCACAGGCACAAGAAUGUAUAUGGCAACGUGCUGCUAUGGAUCAACUUCGAGAUGGCACCAUCGCUCGUUUGGCUAUCAAGAUUGCAGAGUUUUAUGAUGCUGCCUAUGAACUCGCCACCCAUUCAUCCACACAAGGCGUAUUCCCCAAACCAUGGCUCACGCAUAUGCAAGUGAAAGCGCUUCAUUUUAAUGCCGCUGCCCAAUUCCGCAAAUCGUGCGAAUGCAUUUCACAAAACAAGUAUGGCGAAGAAGUGGCGCGUUUACGUAUUGCCAACAGCCUCGUCAAGCGUGCUUUCGACAUGAUCAAGUCAUUCUUUUCGGGUACACCAAUGGUCAGCAACACUGUUGUCAGCGAUUUGCGUUCUCUUCAACAAAUCAUUCAAACCAAUCUUGCACGUGCUGAAAAGGACAAUGAUGUCAUUUACUUGGAAACAUUGCCUUCUGAAUCAGCUUUGCCACCCAUCCAAAAAUCAGAAAUGGUUAAGCCAACGCCACCAGCCGAGAUUGCUGAUCCUGUUGCUAUCAUGCUCGCUAACGAACGACGUGGAUCACCUCAUCCUGUCAUUGGUUUGCCUCUUUUCCAAAAGCUCGUCCCUUUUGCUGUACAUCAAGCUGCCAGUGUCUAUGUCGAUAGAAAAGAGCGUGUCAUCAAAGAAGAUAUCAUUGCUCGAUUAGAAGAACUUACAGCUGUAUACCAUAGCUCCAUCCAAUCGCUCAACCUUUCGACAACGCUUGCUGGUUUCGAACAAACCGAUGGAUUACCUGGUCAUCUUCAGCGCCAGGCUGCUGAAGUUCGUCAAAGUGGUGGCUCUCAAGCACUUUAUGACAUGUGGGAAAAGGUCCAACAGGCAUCGACCAAGAACCUUGAGGUGCUAGAGGAUGCUUUUAAUGCACUGGAUGAUGAACAAGAAAGUGAUGAAUCACUAAGGUCAAGAUACCGUGAACAAUGGAAUCGCCCCGAGUCACGUGUAUUUACAGCUGAGAUGGUAUCCCAAGGUCAACAACAUCGUAAUACGCUCAUGUCUGCUCAAAAGGCCGAUCAAAUUGUGUAUCGCAAAUUGGAUACGUGGGCCAAGAUCAUUGAUAUUCUUGCGUUACCAGAACAAGAACUAGAGCAAUCGGUUCCUGGAUCAGAGAAUACAGAGUCAGCAUCAAAUGGAAGGGAAGCUGUUGAGCAAUUGAGGAGAUUGAUGGAUGAGAUGGAUGAACAUUUGGUGAUGCGACGACAAAUCACCGACAAGGCCAAACGAAUCUCCAAUGCUGACGACAUAUCACCCGCCUUGUUAAAAAAAGCAGCUCAAUUGACCGCCAAAUCACCUGUAAUCAAAAUUGAUCCUGCUCAAUUUGAGGAACUAUUUGCGGAGGAAUUACGCAAAUACGAUGACCUGCUGAUGCAAAUCGACCAACAAGAUGAAAGGCAAAAUCAAAUCUUAAGGGAAUUGGCUCAAGUGCACCAAGAGUAUUGCACAGCAAGGGAAAAUGAAUCAGCCACAGCCAAGCGGGAACGCGCUUUACAGAAUUUGAGCCAAGCAUACCAAAAGUUUGUGGAGAUUAGAAACAAUUUGCAAGAAGGACUCAAGUUUUAUGCCGAUCAUGGACGGAGUCUGGCAAGCUUCCGAGAUAGCUGUUUAAAGUAUUGCCAUCAUCGUCGAGCUGAAUCCGACCAGAUUGUAGAACGAUUAUCGCUUGGAAUGUCAAAUUUGUCGAUAAAUGGACAACAUGUACGAUCAAGCCAUCCACCCAAUCCAAAUGAAUGGGGUUCUCAAUGGGGUCAUUAG